UUUCGUCAAAAAACUUACUCGUCCCACAAGCAGCCUGCCUUCUUGUUGACUUGGUCGAGGUCUUCAAGAGUAUCUGAUUUUAGUCGGUAGUGCGCGGCGAAGACGAUCGAUUCGUCACUAGUUAAUUGACUCUGCUUUUAAUACUACAUAGCAUGAACCCGAGUGCAUUGAGUGAUUACGAAAUAGACAAAAUUCAAGAUGAAUUUGGCAGACUGAAAGGCAAGUGUUAUCUCGAUCAUGCGGGAGCUACUCUAUAUUCGGAACAGCAGAUCGAGUCAGUGUAUCAGAAUCUUCGGAAAAAUUUAUACACAAGCCCCCACACCAGUAAAGCCACUGAAGAUUUGAUCGACCAGGUUCGUUUUAGGGUCCUGAAGCACUUCAACACCGACAACAGCAAGUAUGACGUCUUGUUUACCUCUGGUGCUACAGCAAGUCUCAAAACAGUAGCGGAAUGCUUCGACUUCGGGAAGACUGGAGUAUUCUCAUAUGUACAAGAAAAUCAUACUUCGGCACUGGGCAUGCGAGAAUCAGUGGAAAGUGAAGCCACUUAUGUACUCAGUAGAAAGCAACUUUUAGAGAAUGCUGAGGUUGCGAAGGUGUGCAAGCCUGAACAACCUGUCGCGUCUGCAAGUAACAAUUUAAUAACAUUCCCAGCGCAAUGCAAUUUCAGCGGGUUUAAGUACCCUCUUGGCUUGAUCGACAACAUUCAGCAGUCUGGACUCAAAACCAUGGGAACGGUAUUAAAGCACAACAAUCUUAGUUUGUCUGAUGGAAAACAGAAUCGCUGGUUCAUAUGCUUGGAUGCAGCAGCUUUCGCUGCAACGAACUUCUUGGAUCUCAGUAGAUAUGAAGCGGAUUUUGUUUGCAUUUCGUUUUAUAAGAUAUUUGGAUAUCCGACCGGUUUGGGGGCAUUGCUCGUUAGUAAGCGCGGUCAAAACGUUCUGAAAAAAAGAUAUUAUGGCGGUGGUACAGUCAAGAUUGCGAUGAGCAAACUUGAUUUCCAUGUGAAACGAGAUUGCUUCCACGAACGAUUCGAAGAUGGCACUUUGCCAUUCCUGUCCAUCGUAGCCCUGCUUGCCGGGUUUGCCACUAUCGAUAGACUCAUCGGACCCGAUCAUAGUAUGGAACGCAUUAGCUUAUAUGUCUUCCAAUUAGCUAAAUAUGGUUACAACGAACUUAGAAAAUUAGCAUAUGCAAAUGGAAAACCGUUGGUUAAGAUCUACUCUCACACUGAAUACGAUUCGGUGCAGGAACAAGGUGCUGUGAUUACGUUUAAUUUGCUGCACGACGAUGGGAGCUACAUCGGCUAUGCUGAAGUUGCCUGCAUGGCCAGCAUUCAUAACAUCGUCUUGCGAACCGGCUGCUUCUGCAACCCUGGAGCAUGUCAAGUCCUUCUCAAGCUCAAGGAUAGUGAACUACAGAAGCAUUUCCAAGCUGGUCACAUUUGCGGGGAUUAUAACGAUUUGGUUGAUGGAUUGCCAACUGGUGCUGUGAGGAUAUCGUUCGGGUAUAUGUCUAGGAAGGAGGAUGUGGACACACUGACACAUAUGUUGAAGGAUUGCUAUUUGCAAGGACGCGAAGGACGAUGCGAAAUAUUGGAACGUUCAACUAUCCCCGAGAAUCUCCUGCACAUCCGUGAUAGACUGAAAAUUUCCAAUCAGAAGAUACGCCUGAGGCAGAUCUGUAUAUAUCCUAUUAAAUCGUGUGGUGCACUUAAAGUUAACGACCGCUGGGAGCUAACGAUGAAGGGCUUCAAAUACGAUAGGUGUUGGAUGAUUGUAAAUGCAAACGGCGUGGCCGUUACACAGAAGACAAGCACGAAAUUAUGUUUGAUACGACCGGAGAUAAAUCUGCAGCGCCAAGUUAUGAUACUUUAUUUCCCAGGCGCGGACUCCAUCGAGAUUCCUUUGCAGUCAUCCGAGAACAAAAUCGUGUCAUCAUCACUUUGUCAGAGCAAGGUAUGCGGCGACUUUGUAGAGGGCACGGAUGGCGGCGUAAAGGUUGCUUACUGGUUAAGUGAUUGUUUAGGAAUGGAUGGGCUACGACUAAUACAGCAAUAUGAUGGAACACAACGGCUCACCCGAAAUGGGGAAGUGAGGGACAUAACUCUCUCUAAUGAAGCGCAAUUCCUUCUCAUCAACUACACAUCAGUUGAAUGGUUGGCUUCGAAGGUUGAAGAAUGGUUUGACGUGGACGGGAACGACAUCGAUGGGAUCGUGGAUCGUUUUCGAGGCAACUUAAUAAUUGAAACUUCAGAGCCUCUGGAGGAGAAUGAUUUCCAAAAUUUCAAGAUUGGCCCCACUCAAUUUCGAAUAAGCGGUCAAUGUACACGUUGUCAAAUGAUUUGCAUCGAUCCCAGAAGCGGAGAAAAGACCGCAGAGCCGCUACGCACGAUUGCCAGACUAUUCGAAGGAAAGAUUCGCUUCGGGAUAUAUCUGUCGCUGGCAGAUUUUGAUUUCUCCAGGCCGAACUUCGUUUCAUGUUCCGAUGAAGUAGUUGUUGAAUGAAUAAAUCAAAUUGUUAUCAUCUA